AUGCCCGCGGUGCCCUCGCUCUCGCCGCCGCCCACACAAUCGUCACCGCCAACGCGGUUAUCAACGGAACUGCCACCAGGGAGGAGUGACGCCAAGCUCUUCGAGCCGAGCUCGCCGCCCUCAAGAAUGGCUUUGGAGACUUUCGUGGAUAAAACCACCAGCAUGUGUGCCGACUCUCGUCUCCGGCAGCAAUUACCGACAAGGCUAUUAAGGCGUCUGAUCUCCCUCUUUCGUUGUUUUCUCUUUUCCUUCUCCGAGAGCAACAGCAACAGCAACAACAAAAACAACAGCAAUAGCAGUAGCAACAACAGUAUCAAUGACGACAUCAUCAACGACAUCAAUAACGACAUCAAUAACGACAUCAACAACAGCAUCAACUUUAGCAGUAACAGCACAAAUAACAACAAGAAUAAUUCAGAAGACAUUAAUGCAGGUGAUGCAGCUUGGCUGACCAUUCCCAUUUGCAGGUGGAGGGGACCGUCGCGCAGGAUCGUGCUUCAGGAGGCUCACGCCACCCUGAAGGAAGCCGAGCGCAAGUGCGCCGCCGCCGAGGAGGCAGCCCGCCAGGCCGUCGAAGCGGCGCGUCUGGCUCGAUUGGCGGUCAUUGCCGCGGAAGACACCAUAUUUGCACUUCAACAAGGCUACGGACAAUUCCAAAGGGCCCCUCGAGCCGACUUGCUGCCCCGCAAAGCCCGCAACGACCUGGAGGAAACCAGGCGCAAGAACGCGGCCGCCAAGGAGGCGGCGGUCCUGGCACUAGAGGAGCAGACACGCCGGGCGUUGAUGGUCGAAAUUGCGGCUGCUGCCGCCGUCGCCGCGCUCGAGCGUGGGUUUAGAGACCAUCAAAUGGGUAAAACCACCGGUCUGUUCUUUUUGGGCCGGCUUCUCUGCUAUGGUCUGGAUCGGCCCCGCUCUCGGGCUCGUUAUUUCAGGCCUUGUCCGGCUUACGAGGAACUGGCGAUGGAGCUUCUACUGUAUGUUCUCAUCUGGCUCGGUGCUGCUACCUGGCUCCUCAUGCUGACACUACCCGAAGCACACGGCCCAGCCUUGCUCCGUUCCAAAGCCGAGCGCAUCCGCGAGGUCGCCCCGCCCGACAUCAAUAACUACAUCAAUAGCAGCAACAACAACUGCAACAACAUCAGUAACAGUCCCGGGCACUAG